AUUGACAUCGUGACUCUGUCGCCCUUCUUGCCGCCUUCAUGCGCGCACGCCUCCUUCGGCGCAACUCUUUCCCAAUUGACCUCCGACUAUCACACGCAGCGCCAUCUCCCUGCGCUCUUCUAAGCGCUCCCUCCAAGUCCCAUCAUGGCCUCCAACGAACCGCCCCGUUACGGGCGCAUCUUGACAUCGCGUUCUCAGGCCCAGACAUCGCGCCACACAGAAUAUCGAACCAGAUUGGUCGCCGAACUUGAUGAGCUAUGGGGCGCCCGCCGAGGCUAGCUGCCCGACGGGUCCCAUGAAGCGUCGAUAGCGUUGGGAACUCUCUACCAGAUACGCUCGACUACCAUGGCCAUUCUCAACACUGGACACCCGCUCCCUGCUCUUUUUGUUCCUGGUGGACCGUUUUACAACUGGCCAUAUACGAGGCGCAACAUCCAGACUGCGGAGACGUAUGUUUCUGAGCGUCUUCGGAAACAGAACGGUACCAACCUCCCUAACGGAUCGGGAGCUCCAGCAUCCGGACCACGUCCAAGUCCAAGCCCGGCUCAUAUCCUAUCUCCUGUACUCGGUUCAGACCUAGCUCUACCUCAGUCUCAAUUUGUCGACCCAAGUUUUGGUCAAGCUUCAUCGCCACCUCCAGCUCCGGCUCCCAGCUCGUCUUUCGGUGACAUUGAGCUGCCACGUGCCCAUCACUCAAGCUCCACCCAUGAACCGGUUCAUGAACUGGAUAUCUGCGCCAGCACUCUUCAGGAGAUGAACUACGACAUAUCGCUCGAUAUGGCUCCGUAUAUCAGCGACGACCACACAGUUAUCACCGCUGAUGACCUUGACUUCAGCAACAUGGAAUCGGAACUCAACGCCGACACCAUCAAUCGCAUCACCGAUGGCCGUUGGCUCAACGACGCUGCCAUCGCCAAACUCUUGGAGCUCUUCUCUUCUCUACGCCCGCUCGAUGCUAAAUCCAUCGACCCGUUGCUCAUUGACAGAGCUCCCGUUAACAAGGCUGUGACCCAUCUUCUUUCGGCCUCUGGAUCUGACUUGACGGUCCUCGUUCCUAUUCGAUGCAACGCUCACUGGAUCUUGGUUGUACUGCGCGCAACUGACAAGUCGGUUCUCUACUACAAUUCAAUGCCUGGACACGACAUGCCCAACCUGCCUGCCCGUAUCAUUCAAGUUUGCCAAGGUCUCAUCAACGGACUCGACUACGAUAUUGGUGCCGCUGUUUCGGCCGGUACGCUAUCCUGCCCUCGGCAACUCAACACGGUUGAUUGUGGCGUUGCUGUAAUCGUCAAUGGCCUCUACACCUUGGCCUCACGACCUCUGCCUUCAACCACCAGCUGCGAUUAUGGUAUCUGGCGCCUUGUCUUGGCCGCAAUGCUCAUCGAUGCAGAUGAGCUUGGCGGCAACCUCAGUCUAGUGCCUCCCGAGCUGGCCGAGGAACCCAUCAUCGAUGUGGGCACUGCAGAGCCUCGUCCGGCACAUCUUGCUGCUUCGGAGUAUCGCGACUGGGUACGCACAGAGAGACAACGACUGGUGACCCAUAUGAGGUCAACUGUCGACAGCCUUGCCGAGCUUUUAUCCCGAUGCCGUUCUUAUCGGAUGCUGAUAACUGAGAUUGUGGCCGUGCUAGAGUCCCCGGCCUUGAACCCCGACACCGCGAUGAACCAGGAGCUGGAAAAGCUUACCACUUCUCUUGAGAAUGUGCGAUCCUUGAGAUGGGUUAACCCCAUAGCCGAGUCUGCCUUGAAGAAGCAGUUGAGAAUUCUUCAGACGCGGGCAGAUCAUGGUGCAGCUUGCCGGGCGAGGAUGGAAGUGUUGAUUGGUCAGUACAAGGCUGACCUGGAGGACCUUGAAGUCAUGAAUCGAGACACGGCUGUAUUGGUGGAAGGGCUAGAGCAGGAUCUUGCAGAGAGUGGUAAUUCGAUAGAAUAAGUGUAGUUUAUGGCUCACACAGUUGGGGGUAGACAUCAUGAGAGACCAUGUUAGCUACCAUGAAGAGGAGAGAGAGGCUUGUAGAGUAAUACAGGCAUGGAUUGGGGUUCAAUUAGUCAGUCGAUAAAGAGUUCCAUCCCCGCCAGUAUUGUAAGACAAGGUUAAUCAGUCGAGGGGUGUGAAAAUAGAACAGUUGAGGAUGAGUUAGCUAAGUAAGCACUUACCAGAGGGCACUUAGUUUCCAAGUAGCUGUGCUUCUCGAUGUAGCCUUUUCCGAAGCGGAGAUUUAAAAGACCG